GAGGGCAUUAGUUCAUCGUACACCGAACCAGGCCGGGUCUGCUAACCACAUGCAGACGCUCAAUACAGAGAAAAUGUCUUGUCGAUGUGUUUUCUUGUUUUUCAUCUCUUUAUAUGUUUGCUCUGUUUUUCAUCUCAGUUAUGCCAUACAAAAGCCGAAUAUUAUUUUCAUACUUACCGACGACCAAGAUCUGAUGCUUGGUGGCAUGACCCCAAUGUUGAAGACGAAGAAAUUAAUAGGUGAUGCCGGUAUCACAUUCAACAACAUGUUUGUCACUAGUCCUCUCUGUUGUCCAAGUCGGUCAAGUUUUUUAACUGGUAAGUAUACCCACAACCACAGAGUUUUGAACAAUUCUUUGUCUGGUAACUGCAGUAGUGCAUUGUGGCAGAAAUAUGUUGAACCAACAGCCUUCCCGGUGAAAUUGAAUCAAAAUGGCUACAAGACAUUUUUUGCAGGGAAAUAUUUGAAUCAGUAUGGCAAAAAGCAUGCUGGUGGUGUGAAGCAUAUCCCUCCUGGAUGGACCUCAUGGAAUGGCUUGGUUGGCAAUUCUAAAUACUAUAAUUAUAGUAUGUCCACAGAUGGUGUACUGGAAAAACAUGGCUGUAACUACAGCAUUGACUACCUUACUGAUAUCAUAAACCAUCGAGCAGUCAAGUUUAUCAAUGAACACAAGGGUAACCCUUUCUUUAUGAUGUUGUCAACCCCUGCUGCACAUAGUCCUUUCACCCCAGCACCCCAGUACAGUAAAAACUUCAGCACCCGCAAAGCUCCCAGAGAUAAAUCUUUCAAUAAACAUUCCACUGACAAACACUGGUUAAUCCGGCAAGCUAUUUCUCCAAUGUCAAACAGCACAAUUGAAUUGAUUGAUAACAUAUUCCGGAAUCGAUGGAGAACACUUCUGUCUGUUGAUGAUCUUGUAGAGAAUAUUGUCAAGCAACUGACUGCAACUGGACUCCUCAACAAUACUUACAUAUUCUUUACUUCAGAUAAUGGCUAUCACUUAGGUCAGUUCUCUCUUCCCUAUGACAAGAGGCAGUUGUAUGAUUUUGACAACAGAGUCCCGUUUUUGGUCAGAGGCCCUGGCAUAAAGGCAAAUCAAACUCGCAAUGAACUUGUAUUGAAUAUUGAUUUUGCUCCAACAUUCCUUUCAUUGGCGGGGAUCAAAGAACCUGGAAAGUUUGAUGGGAAAUCUUUGCAGCCAUUGUUAACAGCCAAUAAAACUGACCCCAAAUUUCGGAACAAUUUCUUAAUUGAGCACAGUGGCGAAUUCCAUGAAGAGGUGAAAAACUGUCCUCAGUACAAGAACCAAGGGAUGUCGUCCUGUGAUAUCAACUGUGUUUGUGAAGACUCCUGGAAUAACACAUAUGGCUGUAUCAGGAAUAUUGAUUCAAAGAAUAAUUUCAAGUAUUGUGAAUUUAAUGAUAAAGAGCACUUCAUCGAAAUGUAUGAUCUUGAGAAAGAUGCUGCUGAAAUUACCAACAUCGCCAAGAGUGCUGACCCAAAUAUAGUGUUGCAUCUCAGCCAGACUUUGGCCACAUUAUCUUUAUGUUCUGGUCCUUCAUGUCAAGUGGACUAGAAACUGACCAAUAAUAGAAUGAAUGUUUCAGGAAUUAAAAACAGAAAUUACACAUUUAAAACUUCUGUAUAAUACACACAUACCCAACACACACAUACACACAUGGAGAUAUCUAUUUUUGGGAAUAUAUCUUUUUUCUGUGAGUUUUAAUACUUUUUUAUUACUUUAAGAAGAAACGUUAUUCAGCUGAACACUUCAAUCAAAGCAUAUUGAAAAAAAUUAAUUAAAGAAAGAAAAAAUCAAACAAUAUCAAUGAUAACCUUUUUCUUAAAUAUCACCAGAACAACCAUAUUUUAUUUUAAUCACCUCAUGGAAUACGUAUUGAAUGAAGAGAUGUGGAAAGCGACUGUAUUGCAGGCUUGUAUUAACCCAUGACAAUUUGGACAAACUAACUUGAACACAUAAACCCAAUAAUACUGAUGAACACUAUAAUUUCACCCUACAAAUCCUCCUGACUGAUGAGAACUUUCCAGAAUGACUGUGAUAUUACCAUGAAGCAAAGCAAUUUUAAACAUAGUAAAAAAGUAAAAAAAAGACAAAAUAACUAAUUUGUAUACUUUUAAAAAAUUUUCUCUAUAUUUCUUGCAUUUUAUAAAGCAGCGA